ACAACCCUUGCUGCUCCACCAUGGCCCUCCUGCUCCGGGCUGCGACCUGGGGGUUGAGUCCCUGGAGGAGGUACUGCUCUCGGGGGACGCAGGGCGCUGUCAGCCCGGACUUUGUGGCGGCCCUGAGGGCAGUGGUGGGGCCCUCCCACGUGUCCACGGCCCAUGCCGUCAGAGAGCAGCACGGAAAAGACGAGUCCUUGCACAGGUGCCAGCCCCCUGACGCCGUAGUCUGGCCUCAGAAUGUGGACCAGGUCAGCCGGCUGACGGCCCUGUGCUAUAGCCAUGGUGUGCCCAUUAUCCCCUUUGGCACAGGGACAGGACUGGAAGGCGGAGUCUGUGCUGUACAGGGAGGCGUCUGCAUUAACCUGACCCACAUGGACCAGGUCCUGGCCUUAAACCCCGAAGACUUCUCGGUGGUGGUGGAGCCUGGCGUGACCCGCAAAGCUCUCAACACCCACCUGAGGGACACUGGUCUCUGGUUCCCUGUGGAUCCAGGGGCAGACGCUUCUUUGUGUGGCAUGGUGGCCACCGGAGCCUCGGGCACCAAUGCUGUGCGCUAUGGCACCAUGCGGGAAAACGUCCUCAACCUGGAGGUGGUGCUGCCCAGUGGGCAGCUGCUGCACACUGCCGGCCCAGGCCGGCACUUCCGGAAGAGUGCGGCCGGCUACAACCUCACAGGGCUCUUUGUGGGCUCUGAGGGGACCCUGGGCCUCAUCACGGCUGCCACCCUGCGCCUGCACCCUGCUCCCGAGGUCACGGUGGCCGCCACGUGUGCCUUCCCAAGCGUCCAGGCUGCUGUGGACAGCACUGUGCAAAUCCUGCAGGCCGCGGUGCCCGUGGCCCGAAUCGAGUUCCUGGAUGACGUCACGAUGGAUGCCUGCAACAGACACAGCAAGCUGAGCUGCAUGGUGGCGCCCACGCUCUUCCUGGAGUUCCACGGCUCCGAGCAGGCCCUGGCCGAGCAGCUGCAGCGGGCAGAGGAGGUCACCCAGCACAACGGGGGCUCCCACUUUGCCUGGGCCAAGGAGGCCGAGGAGCGCAGCCGGCUCUGGACGGCUCGGCACAACGCCUGGUACGCCAUCCUGGCGCUUCGGCCUGGUUCCAAGGGCUACGCCACCGAUGUGUGUGUGCCCAUCUCCCGGCUGCCGGAGAUCCUGGUGCAGACUAAGGAGGACCUGAAGACCUCGGGACUCACAGGAGCCAUUGCAGGGCACGUGGGGGACGGAAACUUCCACUGCAUCCUGCUGGUGGACCCUGAAGACCCCGAGGAGCUGCACAGGGUGGAGGCUUUUGCUCAGCAGCUGGGCAGGCGGGCGCUGGCUCUCCAAGGGACAUGCACUGGGGAACAUGGGAUUGGGCUGGGCAAGCGGCAGCUGCUACAGGAAGAGGUGGGGGCCGUGGGUGUGGAGACCAUGCGGCAGCUCAAGGCCACGCUGGACCCCCGGGGCCUCAUGAACCCAGGCAAGGUGUUGUGAGAGGCUGUGCAUGCGCCAUCCCUGCAUCCAGACCACCUCAGGCCACCUUGAGCGCCCAGCUGGUGCCCCUGCCAGCCAGCCAGCCUUCUGUUUGGUCCCGGGUCUGGGUGGGGAACCUGGGUCCCUGGCUCCUCCCUGGUCUCCUGACUGUCCUGGGGUGGGGAUUCUUGUCUAGUAAAUGACUCAGGGUCCUUCCUGAGACCCUGCCUCCUCUCUGCGCUUACCCGUCCUGCCUGGCUGGGGAGGACAGGGUGGCUUAGGUCCUCCUCCAGGCCUGACAACGCCCCUCCAACUGGGCCCCUGCCCUGCCACAGACAGGAACCUGCUGCUCCAGGACAGCAGUCCUUCAGGUGAACCCACACUGCCUGGAACACAGGGCAGCUGUUGGGAGGCCAGCCCCUGGGCACUACUUCCGUACCUGGCAUCCAGCCUGCCCAGCCCCUCCAGGGGCAGCCAAAUGCCUAACCCCAGGUGCCAUCGAGCUCCUCACCAUUAGAUAUGGAAGUGACGUGAUCCUCCCCAUAACACACCUCUCCAGGGAGCAGUACCUGCAGCUUACCAACCUUUGUGCCCUGGCCAGUCGGCCUGUUCCCCUUGGCGGCCAUGCUGCAAGCAGUUCUGCCGGUGGAACUGGGCGGUUGUUCCCCCAAAGCCCACAAGAGGGUGCUGGUCGCCACGAAAGCUCAGCAGCAUCUAGCCUGGGUCGCUGACGCCCAGGACUAGCCCUUCCUGGCAGGGCCUGUAGCUCUGAGCCCUGGACGCCAACCCCUGCAGUGCCUUCCCAUCUCCCAUGGCCUCUGGGCCUUUGGCACCUUGGGAAAGGGCUGUAUCCCACACAGCCUUCCUGACCCUCAUGCCAAAGACAGCUUCUCUAAUAUGGGCAAUGAAGCAGGCCAGGGGCUGUGCCAAGGGCUACUGCAGACUCCAGUCUCCUCUCCCCUACCCACUCAGCUCCUAUGUUCUUGGCCGCCCGCCCCCGCACUGCCUCGGGGCCACAUCCUCUUUUAUGUGCCUUCCAAUGCUCAGCAAAUGGCCAUCACCCCGAAAGUUUUUACUGAGAAAAAUUUUCAACAUACAGAAACAUGGGAAUAAUAGUACGUUGUUCGUGGAAAUACCAACCACUGAAGAAGCCACAAUAAAUGUUUGCCUCCUU